UGGUUCCUUUUAUUAUCGGCAACAUACAAAAAUUUCAUAAUAACGCCCUCACUGGCUCACCAGAAGGUUUUGCUAGGGCUUAUCAAGCUAUGAUUAAUAGUUCGGCAACUGUCAAAAAUUUUAUGGAAUUAAUAACCCAAACCAAUUUUA